GACCGUGGCUCAGUCGCCAUAUGUGGUGAUAAUCAAAGCAGAAUGGGAGUUUGUGGCUCUAUCCCAUUUCAAUGGAGCUAUGGUAUGGAAGGCUUUCAAAUCUGCGGUGGCCUCUCUAGAGGCACAUCGGAUAACAGUGACUUAACAAGACCUUGUACUUAGUUCUUGCGGCUUUGCUAAAGCAUGUCUGUUGUCUGCCAGAUGCUUUGAUCUGUUGAAGAGGAGUUUAAAGGAAUAUGGCACGUUAAGUUCAAGGCAUUGCUUUUAGUACAGAAGCUGUAGAAUAUCAUCUGUAUCCUGCAAAAGACGUGAAUGUGAGCAAGUAAAAGCAAACAAAAGUUAGCCUUUUAGAUAUUUUGUGUUCUCAAAUUGGAGUAUUUUAGUUAACAUAAUUACGUGUACCAAUAGGUCAACUAAAUGCUGAAGCGUGGGGAUUUUGAGACUGAAUCAGACUCUGAGAUUUAUCCGGAGCAAUUCGCAAGGGAUUCUGCUGGAGCAGAGUACAGGAUUGCUUAAGUUCAAAGUAUAUUUCCCAUUAAUUUCCUAGUUAGAGGCUAACUGUCCCCAAAUGUCAGUGUCUUCUGGCUCUUUUCCAAACAUUUGACUUCUGCAUCAACUCAUUAUCUUCAUAAAGCUGGCCACAUGAAGCAGAUUUGUAAAGGCGUCUUUGUGUCGAUGUGUCUCUUUUCAUACAGCUGUUUUUACUUGACUGCCUGCUGUUGAGUACUGAUGAGUUUUUUUCAGUUGGAGAGGUGCAGAUGAGUAUUUUGAUUCGAAAGCAUGUGUGUGUGAUGCACUGUUUUGCUGGGUCUUCAGGACAGUCGUGUAAUUGGAAAGCGAUGAGUACGCCAAGCAACUGGUUAGCAACAUUUAUAGCUUCCUUGAUUUAAUACCCAUUUCAAUGUAUUCUUUAAAGCCUGGUUCAUACUGAAGAAAGAACUGCAUAACAAACUGUGCCCAUGGUGUGUUCUGCUCUGGAAGGAUUUCCAGCAGCCUUGCCAGGCAGUGGAGGCUUUGCAGGAACAAUGAAGCCAGCCAAAAGUUUUCUGUUGAUUUCAGGUAGAUUUGGAUUUAGUUGCUAUUCCCCUACAGAUGGCAUGACUGAUUUAAGAUAAGAAGCUGAAAGCUGGUCUAAAAAUCUGAUUAGGGCCACUCCACUGCUGCUUUUGAUCAAUCUGUCAGUGCUUUAGAUCAGAAAAUAAGGCUGAUCAAGAUUAUGGGAAGGGUCUAAAGCCAGGAGUAAAUGUUGUGUAAUAUGACCCUUACUAUUUUUUAGUCAGUUAAGACAACUCACUGGAAAUUUUGUUAGAAUUUCCCUAGUGAUGUGUAACUGGGACAAUUUUGAACAUGCAAGGGAAAAAAAAUCUUAAAGGUUGACAUCUGCCAACAGAAGCUAAAUGGAAAAUAUGUGGGACAGCACUGCACAAAAGUGAUUUAAAAACCCAGGAGUACAGCAGUGAAUGACACAAUUUUGAAUCAAUAAGGGCUCAUAAACAUGUUGGUUAGGGAAAUAAAGCAGUGAUGGAGAGGAUUCCACUCAAAUAUGGUUUCAUUUGAAACUUUAGGCUUUUUAUCAGCAACCUCAGAUCCAAUUAGGCUUAAUCAUCUGUGGUUUGGAAAUUUCACCAUUGUCGUAUGUACAUUUUCCAGCUCGGAAUCUUACUAGUCCUCAAUGCCCUCCGUUACUUGCCAGCAGUUCUUCACAUUUUUUCCAUAUGGAAAUUCUCCUUGAAAUCAGAUCGGAGUUUGUGUUCACUUGAAUUUCAAAUUAUUCUCCCUCAUUCAGUUGGUAAAGAGUAUCUUGGCCAGAAUUCAUUUGUAAUAAAACCUUGAUUUGGUCUGGUCUCCAUUAAUACGGAGCCUUUCUGAUGAGUGAAUUAUCUUCUGUUCAUCAUUUUACACACUGAUUUCUUACUGUGUACACUCUCCAGCUUCACUUGGCAUAAGUCUUGUUGGUACAACUGAAGUCUGUAAGUGCUGUUAUAAAGCUAACAUGCUCCUUGCUCAGCCAGCUAAUUAGCAUGACUUGGCAAACUGCCUGAGGCCUUUGGGCCUGAAUUAACUCACCUGUACACACUGCUUAAUAUCGGAACAUCACUGAAAUAUCAGUGUAGGGAUAGGCUUGAACAACUGGGUGACAGAAGAAAGAAGAUCUAAGAGAAAGGCAGGACAGAAACAAUUCUUUGCUCAAGUCAACAUUUUGGAAGAGAGCAGUGAGUUGUUAACAGCCAGCUCUUCUCAAAAUGUGUGUUGCAAUGGUUGGUUCUGCAUCUGCAGAAGGCAGAAAAGAAGGUCUUGACUGAGGUUGUUCUUCCUUAUGCUUCUCUGCACUUUUAAAACUUAUCCCUCAGUUCCAGCGUUGGCCAAGUCUUAAUGUUGGGGCUUGAAGCUCACACCUUCUUCCCCAAGCACCUUUGGUCAUCUCAAGUAGUCAAGGGCCAGCUAAUAGCAAUGAGAAACAGCUUGCACGGGAUGGAAGGGAAUGUCACACACCCCAUAUGACCUGUGUCUGUGCGGAGCAAGGCAGUCAAGGAAUGCAGCCCAAGGGUACUGCCCAGCCAUACACCUGUCAGAACUGCUCACAGGUGCCACCCAGGGUGAAACAGAUCAACAGAUGGUCCAUAAUUCACAUUCUCUACAAAAAUGAUCAUGUAUGUAUCCAAAUCCAUCAAUGAGUGAUAACAGCAUAUUUCCUUUGCUGUUCAUGGACUCAGAUUGUGCCUUCUGGCAAGCAUGAACAGACCCCUUCUGCUUUCCUCUCUCCCUCUGAUGUCCCAGGGGAGGUUCAGGUUGGACAUUAGGAAAAGGUUCUUCACCCAGAGGGUGCUGGAGCACUGGAACAGGCUCCCCAUGGCCCCAAGCCUGACAGUGUUCAAGAAGAGACUAGACAACAUCCUCAGACACACGGUGUGAACUGUGGGGUUGUCCUGUGCAGGGACAGGAGUUGGACUCGAUGAUCCUUGUGGGUCCCUUCCAACUCAGGACAUUCUAUGAUUGAUUCUCUCUAAUGCUGCCUUUAUGCAAGGUCAGAUAGCAAAGCGCGGUGGCGUGCCGUAAACACAGGCAGCGCUCCAAGAACCAGCAGGAGUCCUUGCUGCUGCUCUGUGAAACUCUUGUAAGUUUACAAGUAUUUAUCUUCACCCUUCAGGCACUCUUCAGGUCUUGCAGAGUACACAGAAUCCUUUGCCAUUUAUAAUAAAGAUUCUUCAGGUCAAAUUUUGCCAUCGUUCGUGCUGCUGUGACCGUGUCCAGCACCUAGCCUCACCUUCCGAAGUUGAUGGGCAGCCCUGUCAGGGAGGCACUGACAAGAGCAGAUCUAACAUAACUGACCUAUAUUGUCGCUGAUGCUGCUGCAACAGUGAUAGUACAUGUGGAAAGACACUGUCCUGUCAGAAUUCUGGCUUUUAUGCUGUUCACCCCGUAAAGGAGGCAAGUGUGAGUCUGUUUCACCUCGCAAGAUCUAGGGGGAUUCUAACAAAUGCUGUAUGUGCCAGUGUCAUGGUCAGGUUUUAAGCAUGAAUACGUUCAAGAGUAAGGAAGCAAAAGCAGAUAUGCUAAGGAAGGUGAGAGUAGGAAGUCCAUAUUUUAUAAUUCUUUUUUUUUUCCCCAAGGAGGUGGGAGCUUUCCUAAAAUGUGGAAGAUUUCAGAGAGCGUGAACAGGAGUGGGAGGUGCAGAGUGAGAGGUCUGCAUCCUGCAGCUUUCCACAGUGGGUUGGUACCAAGGCAAUAGCCAGCAUUUGCUUUUUUUCAGUGAUGUGUCAAGGAGCAGUAGUUUGCAUGGGUGUUGUAAGAGAGAGGCAAAAAGAAUGUUUCCAUCUGAACAUAAGGACAGCUGGAUAAACUUUCAGAUAAGACUGUCAUAAGAUUAUGAUCUUAAAACCUCAGGCUAAUCUGAAGAGCACUUCAUAUUUAGCCAAGACGAAAACUGGAGGUGGCACCUUCUACUACUCGGCUCUUCUCUUUCACUGUGUUAACAAAUCACUCCCCACUUACAUACAGCGUGAUAUGGGUUUUCUAAAUCCCCCUAUGUGUACUUGUCUUUUUAAGGACAGUAACUGUGAUUCUCAGGUUCACCCUGAAAGUCGUCUGCUCUGCCUGCAGGGAAGUCUAACACAAAGAGCACAUAUGGGAUGGAUGGAAAUGGCCAUGACAGGCAGCUGAAUGUAGAGUACUAUCCAGGGAGGAGUGUCUGGAAGGAACCUUAGCAGCUGGAAAAGGGAUGGUUGGUUUAUGGCAAUGCGAGUGCUCCCAUGAUGGCUUUUUUCCUCACUGGAAGAGGCCAACAAAGCUUGGAGAUAGGGCUGUUUGGCAGUACUUUCACAACCUGAGCAGAGCAAUAAGUGAUGAAGCCAUGGUCGUGGUGUGUAAGAGUUUCAAGGAGGAUGCGGAAACAUAAAUGAGAGUUGACAUUUGAGUUGGAAAAAUCUGGAGCCAGCUCAGAAAGCGCAACCAGUGUUUUUAAUCUCUGCUGCAAACAGCAUCUUCCUGCUCCAAACAUCCACUUCCAGUAAUGUGGAGGAAGAGGUGACUCCCACAGCCCCCACCCUUGCUAUAUCCUCCCUCCUCCACGACAAAAGUUAGUGGGGCACUUAUUCAGCUGCUUGAUAAUGCAAUGAAGCUUGGACCACUGUCAGACUUUUCAUCUCUUUUGGUAAUUUAUUGCUUAAUUAAGUUAAUACUGUGUUCCACACUGAAGAUAUAGCUGUUAAGUCAUUGCUUAAUUAAGUUAAUCUCAUGUCCUGCACCAAGACUGCCCCUGUUGUGGCACAGCCAGCGUCACAGCUGGAGGAGCAAGCAAGGAACCUGUGGCACAGGAGUCAAAGCCCUGUGCAGACGUGCCCAUGUCAGUCCGAGUUUGCCUUCAGACCCAAGAGGAGGCUUCUUCCCAGCCCACCAUGACCUCACACUUGGCCGUUUUCUGGUGGGAGCCCUGCGAACCUUCUCGCACAUCCCUGAUGGCCGCUGGGGCGAGGUGGGUUGGGCUGAACGGGAAGCAAGUCUUCCUCCCCGGGGACACCUCUGCGUUCUUCAUUUUGUCUCAGCCCCUGGCGAACUUCUUGCUUUCACUUAGCUGAAAGGCUCACCCACCUACCCCAGCAAGUGCAGAGGCUUACACCCUGACCUGACCAUCAGGUGCUCUUCUAAAACUGCAGUUUUAUUGCCAGUGCAGUGCUUUCACUCUGCAGGCUCUUGAAACUACCAGCCAUGCAGUUGCACGGAAGAUGUGCCAGGGAGGUUUAGGUUGGACAUUAGGAAAAGGUUCUUCACCCAGAGGGUGCUGGAGCACUGGAACAGGCUCCCCAAGGAGGUGUCACGGCCUCAAGCCUGACAGCGUUCAAGAAGAGACUGGACAACACCCUCAGACACAUGGUGUGAACUGUGGGGUUGUCCUGUGCAGGCACAGGAGAUGGAUGGUCCGUGUGGGUCCCUUCCAGCUCAGGAUGUUCUGUGAUUCUAUGAGAGCUGCUGAAGCAGAGCCUGGCCAUCUCUCCUUUUGUUCACCCUCUCCCUGCAAUCUCUUUGGCUCUUCAGCCGCAGGGGAAGGACCAAGCAGUCAGAAGAGCCAGGAGGAGCUUAGUUUGUUUCUAGUCUUUUGCCAUCGUUCACCAAAUUCAAUUGCACACCGUUGCAAAGUUCAUGUGCAGCAGUAGGCCAAACCCAUAUUUCUUAGCAGCAGGAAACUGAAAGCAAACACAUCCUGCCUCAGUUAUUGAAAGCUUUAAAACAAAGAUGUCCCAAAUGUAAUUUCAUUUGUAAGUAGAGCAAUUUUAGUUUGCUUUGGGUUUUUUGGGGUUGUUUUUUUUUUUUUUUUUUUUUUUAGGGAAGUAAAUAUUUAAAUGGUUUCUGAAUAUAAAGUAAAAUUUUUAUGACCAUCAUUAGCAUGUGUGCAGUUUUGAGUGAAUUUGGCCUAAAAAUAAGCAGCUUUCCUUUCCCUGAUGUAGAUUUAGUGGGUACAGUGUUACUCACUGUUAAAACACUUCAGUGGAUUUCCUCAGACCUGAGGAAAAUACUUCCAAGUUGUAAGUUUUAAUUUACACUGUUAAAAGUGUACAGAUCUAAGCUACAAUUGUUGCCUCCUGAAAACAAUUUUCUUCCCAUCUUCUUUUAUUGUUUUAUUUUUUCUGUUUGUUUGGUUGGUUGGGUUUUUUUAAUUAAUUUGAUUCAUUUGUGGCAGUGUCAAGUUUUAAUGGGAUUUCGUUUUAAUUAAAGCGAGAGCAUUUGAAUCCCAGAGGGUAGAUCCUGCUUUUGUUGAAAACUGCCCUCAUGCAAAUAGGAUGCUGUUCCAUUAACAGCACUGCAAGAAAUAGAUUGGAUGAUUAUCAGCAAGGCACGAUGAUCGCGCAGUCCUGCUCUAAAAAUGUCUGAGAUUGAGAGAGGCCCUUCUCCAUCUUGAUGUGCCUUUUAUGAGAUAAGAUAAAGGCAGCUAAAUAUAGCGAGGACAGUAGCUGUAGCCAUUGAUGAGGGAAGAAAAUAAAAUUAAAGCUAAUGAUCUUUGUUAUUUGGGAGAAUUUAAAUGUUAGGGUGUCUUUUCAGUCCUAGACCAAAUGCAAUCUUGUGCCAAGUCUGAGCCUUCGUUCUUGUCCCCUGGAUUUGCACGUCUGUUUGUAUGAAGUUGAGAGUGGGAACUUCAGGACUGAGUGCUUAAAGGCAGGUUUUAAAAGCAAAAUACUGUAUCAGGAGUUGUUUGUUUGUUUGUUUGUUUUUCUCCUAAAAAUACCAUUACUUCACUUUGAAAAGAAGGGCGAGAAAUAGGUGAGCCCAGAGCUGGAGGAACCUGCCCCGUUUCCCUGCUUAUGGACUCUGGUGCCUCUGCACAACCCUGGAGACCAGCAGGAAAACUGGAUGAACCCCUCACUCUAUUCCAGUUAAUGACUGAUUCCUCAUCAACCCCACUGUGACUGGAAUAUUACCUGUUACGUUUCUCUGGGUAUUUUGUUGUUAUUACUGUGUGCUUUUGUGGUGCUGCGUACCCCUUGCAUUGUUCAGUUCCGAUUCCCAGAAGAAGGCCUAUUCUGAGCUUUAAAAUAAUAAUUUUGUUUGAUUAGAUAAAAGGGAAAAAAUCAGCUUAUAUAUAUGGGAAAAUACAAGAUAAAACCUGUCAGAGGAAAUUAUGUUAUGUUUUUAUUAGGCUCAAAGAAAUGUGUUUUCUUUUGUGCAAACACAAAACAAUUUGCUCUCUUCCUGCACAGCUUGCCAUCUUUUCUCUUUUUUUUUUUUUUUUUGUCUUAAAUAAAGGUUAGGACUUUGAAAAAUGCAUGUUUUCUGGAACAUUUUUAUUUUACUAGUUGCAGAUUAAAUAAAUCUAGAUACACUUAGAUGCCCUUUUUCUCAGAGACUCUGGCAAAAUGAAGGAACACAGUGACUCGCAGUCUGACUUUCUUGUAUAUCAGCAGCCCAAUUUCUUAGUCCUUGCAAGUCCCAAGUAAUUUGUAAAUUACUUUGAUAGUGUAAGAAAUAAGAGACAUCUGUCUGAACCUCGUAAACUUCAUGAGGAGGCAAGAUGAGAGAUACUUCAAUUUUGAUUUUUCAAAACUAAAAUCUGGUCCAUGAGGUUCUGCAAAAGCAAAACCAAGUCCUUUUUUUCUGUGUUUCCCACUUUUUAAUUCAAUAGCAAGAACAAAAACGAAAAACUGUGUUAACUAGGUGCCUUCUGUGACAUGGAGGAGAGCAAGACUCUGUUUUCUUUUUAUCUCUCACUACUGUGACUAUUCCAUUUGCUGUUGGUGGUUAUACUAAUCUAAAUUCCCUAUACCUCCUUCUUCACCAAAAUGCCAAGUAGUCCUUAAAGAAAAAAAGUAAAUGAACACAGACUUGUUGUGGGGGUGGAGAAAGAUCAGUAAUUGUUGAGUCACACCAUAGUUUCCUGCUGUCCUAGCUCAUAACGUGUUCUUACUAAUCAAGUAAUAAAGGCUCUCAGCUCAACCUGUUGAGGUAUUUGCACAGCAUAAUUUAUUCAUGGAAAUCCCAUGUGAGUUACUGGGUUUUUUUAAUCAGCCUCUCUCUUCUGUGGUUAAUGUCUUGGUUGGAGUUUGCUGAAAUACGCAGGUGCAGAAGACACUUGACAGCAGAAAGAGUUUACAUUUCACCUGCUUGUUGUGCUGCUCUAAUUAAGUAUUGCUGUAGUUAAUCCAAUGUCAUCUACUGCAGAGCCUGACCUGAGCAAGAGAAGUCACUGGCCAUGAUGGCUGAUCUUUUAAUUGCGGGCAGACCAGACAUUAGCUUGCUGGUGUCUUUUAGUGCUUGCGGAGAACGAGGUGCAGCAUGGUCAUUCCCACCCCCAAACAGCUGCUUAUGCAGUGGGAAACCCCAAGAAAAGUGAGGUACAGGCUUUGCACAGCAGGUUUAGAAGAGAUGAGUUUGGCGUCUAUUACACCUGAGGUCUCCAAGAUAAGUUAGAUGUGUCCUUCAGCACCUGAAGAGCCUUCAGCACAAUGUGGGGCCCCUCUUGGGGGAAUCGUGACUGUAAACCUGCAAUAGGGAAAAGUGCUGCAAAGCCAGUGACCAGAGUCUGAAAUGAGAGCAAACCUAAAACUUUUCAUGAAGAAUUCAAAAUGAGCUCGGUGUGCACAAAUAUUUUUAACUGUCUUUGCAUUCUUCUAGUGGAACAUUAGUUUUUCUUGUCUUUGAGAGCGUCCCUCAAACAGACAAAAUCACACCAUGUUUCUGAUUCAAAGAUACAGGAACAGAGGACAAUUUGUCACACAAGGCAAAUGGUGAACAUGCACUGGAGAUUUUAAUUGUGCUUACGGAGGAGGAUUUAGCAGCAAAAGGUCAUUAUAUUAGGCAAUGUGACAGACCUCCCAGAUAAUUCAUGCUCAUUACCUCUGUCUUACUCAGUACAAGGGGAAGCCUCUGUUAAAAUACAGUAUUAUGCAUCAUUUAGAGUUGUGAAUUGCUGUUGGGAUACUUUCAGCUCAAGUCCUGUCAUGAACAUUUUGUAUUCUUUGAAAUAGUACACCCAGAGCUAUGGCACAUGGCUAAGAUCUCUAAAUUUACUUAAAGAUACAGCCAGAAGGAGUCUUGAAAUACAUUUGAGAAUGAAAAUAGGUCAAGACAAAAUGUUUUGCCUUUGGGUUUUCCGCUAAUCAUUUGGUUGCAUAUCUUUAACAUUAUAAACGUGAUUUUAUUCCAUAGUAUUACUUUUACAGCUUCUGGUUAUGUUCUGCUUUUGCAUACGGCAUUCUCAGCUCUUAUUAGCAUACUUCAGAGCUGUGCACUUUGGUUUUGGAGGGCUAAACGUGGUGAUGCAGAGACCACUGACAUCUACACAUUCUUGAUUUCUGGGUGUUCCUGAGGUAGUCCUAAUGCACGUGAAGAGUUUCUUCCAAAUUAAAGCAUACUAAAGGCAUGUGUUUUGUGGAAGAUGUUACUUCUGGUUAGGAACAAGCAGGUUAUUUUUAAACAGAACAGAAUAACUUGUCAUUGAGGUUACCUUAAAGGUAAGACCUCCUGCACUUCACUGCAGCAGGUAAGUUCAGACUCUUCACAUGGAACAUGUGUUUUCCUGGUUGUUCUCCCUGUGCCCCCAGGAUUUAUGACCCGAUUAUUACACUAGAUUUACACCUAUCAAUUGUAAAGUCCAUUAAAUUGUUCGAUGUUCUCUUGUUCUUAUAUUGCUCAAAAAAUGCAGCCAUGGAAAUGUCUCCUUAGGCAGGACUUAAAUAGCCUGUAGGGCUGGGUUGCUUUAUUUACUUUUUUUUCAGAAGGGUUGUAUAAGUCGGUCGGAGCAAGCUGUUGGAUUUGUGCGAGAAAGUUAAUGGAUCUUUUGCCUUUGAGUUGUUUUCAACAAAUACGAUACCUGUUGUUGGCAGAUGAAGAGCAAUGCUUUCCCGCUGCCUGCUUCCAGCGGAGUGGAGCGGUUUUGAAAGGGCCCUUAGAUCUCUCAUGAAUUCAGGGUUGACUAAAUGCCAUCAACAGAGCAGUUGCUAGUACAGUCUACUUAACCUACAGCUGACCCUUUCUGCAAAAGGUGUGGUUCACAGCAGGUCAAGUGGAUUGAACAGGGAGAGCUUGGAAACUCCUGAUUCACCAGGGCGGGGUGGUCAAGAUUGGCCCCCAUGGUGGUUCAAGCAAGAGUUGGUGGGGUGUGAUGCCUCCUUUGGAGACACUCAUGGUGCUGUACAGCAAACAUCUCCCUUUCAAAUGGGUGUAUGGCUUUGGCAAUUCACAGCCACCAUCCAGGCAGACGGCAGACUCUUUACCUGUCACACAUCUGAAAGCACACCAGUCAUACAGCAAAAUGCACGGGUCCCACCCCUCCACUCUGUGUGCUUGUCUGCCCUUUGGUCUUUUGAGUUAGGUGACAGGAGAUGCUUAUGUGACCUUUCACAUGCCUGGGUAUGCAUCCAAAAUAUUACAGGGUUAAAGAUACAAGAAGAAGAGGUGAGACAAGUUAAUUGAGAUGUGCACCUUAGUGUUGACCACAGGAGGUUCAUAUCCUGCCACGUAACGGCAAGUCUGCCCAUCACAUCACCAAAAUGUUGAUGUCCUUUGUUGUAUGAGCAAACGUGCAUCCCCUUUGCAUGGCAGAGUGCACAUUAUGUGGUGCAUACUGUGCUGGGCUUGUAAGUGAGGAGGGCUCAUGGCCAGCUGAGGCUAAAGGUUGUAUUUUGCACGUUUCCAUGGUGCGUAGGUACGUUGCAACUGCUUCCCAGACAGAUUAUUGGAAAAUAUGCGUUAUCACUAUGCCAUGGUGCUUACCAGCACUGAAGGUUCACACAGUACAGGCAGAAACAAUAGAGAAAUGUCUCUUUAUUUCAAAUGGCUAUUGCAGAAGGGGGUUUCAGUUGCUCGUUGCUUUGGUGGAAUGAGAGAUUAUUGUGGCAGGAGUAACUGGAAAUUUCCAGGAGCUUUUGAAUUGAAGACCAUUGUGCCUGUUGUACCAUUGGAGGAUUGUUCAAUGUGCGAGAGACAACAUAAAAUAAGUUACAGUGACAACAGGAUCUAGAGGACAUGAAAGGAACUGCCAGGACUAAGAUUCAUAAUAAGAGAAUAGCUUAAGCAGUGCGAGAAACAUCAAGGCAUCUAUACUUAGAGACCGCUGUCAAGCAAAUUUGGUCUUCUGAAUGAGACCUGAUGGGCUGGUGGGAACACCAGAGUCAAAUAUUUUGCUGUAUUCAGAGUAUCACUUUUAGUGAAGCUCAUUUCCCCAUCUGUUGUGAAGAUCAAAGAAGCAAGAACAAUGCUGGCAAUCAAAUACUGAAAUAUUGAGAAACUUCAAAAAUACUUUUAAUUACUGUCAGAGGACUUAAGCAAAGCAGAGGUGGAAGGUUGUCUGGAUGGCUUGAUGGAAGCUUUUAAUCCUCUGGUGUCUCUUCCAUGAGCAUCUUUAGUGGUGUUGUCAUUGUCCAUUUAUUUAUUUAUUUAUCUAUCUAUCUAUCUAUCUAUCUAUUUAUUUAUUUUUACUAUAGUAUAUCUGACUCUGGAAGAAGCUAAGUGGAAGCACACACAAACCAUACCAACCUAUCAAGCCAAAUUACCAGGCUUUUAGUUCAUACAGGAUGGUCCACUCCAGGGAACUUUCAGGCAAGGCAGCCAGAUCACAAGGAGCCUUUCAUUUCAGCCUUUGUUCUCAGCACAGAGCACACCUUUUUGCCUUUCAGGAUUGUGGUUCAUUUACAGAUUUACAAAAGCACUUUGCCAUUGAAAAUUAUUGGACAGAAAAUCAUGGAGCAAAUGCUUCCGUUAUCUCAUUGUUCUAGAGGGAGGAGAUACAGCAAGUGCCUGUGUAUCAGCUACCACAAGUUUCAGCUGAACUCCUUGCUUCUUCCUGGUCAGGAAAGGUGUACGUAUCCCUUGUUUUGCGAGAUUUAAAAGACAGCUCACCUCGUCCCAGGUAAAGGGUAUGAAUAUAAGUCUGCCAGAAGAAAUAAUAAAAUCUAUUAUAACAGCUGCUUGUAUGCCGGCGCUGAAUCGUGGAGAUUUCAGAGGCUACUCCAUUACCUGUACCUUGUUGGAAGGACCUUCAAAGCGAGGGAGACAUUUUGAAGAUAUAGAUCAGAGGCCAUACUUGUGGAUGCUCUUCUGAGGCACAAAGAUUUAGACCAUUCCUGUCCCCCCAGCCCUCUCACUGGGAGGUGGUGAUGUGCUACAGUCACUCACUUUUGCUUCCCUUGCAGUUCCGAGCGGCAUUUGCUUUGAAGACGACUCGCCAUCAUCAAAGUGUACAGUCUGAGGCAGACAGAAAUUGUAAAAUGGGCAAGGAGGAAAAAUAAGGAGAUAGGAAAAAAGUCAGUCGGUGGCUUCAAAUCACUGUCGGCUUCAGAAAGGGCAGAUGAAAACAGUUGGGCAGGCAGGAAGGAUCAGCAAUGCACUUCAAGGAGACAUAGGAGGUUUCUCAUGUAUUUUCUGGACUUAGACUUACUUGCUUCUCCUAAGGCAGUGUUGUUUAGAUAGGAAUUGGAAGUGGAGCAGAGAAAAUGAGGUGAAGUUUUCUUAGACCUAAGUAUUAUAUUGAUAAGACCCAAGAGAAGAAGAGAGGAACGAUUAACAAAUGAGAAUGUAUUUUCCUAGCACAACUGCAGGUUUGUGAGGAACAGUGAACUUUUCAUCAGUUAGGCUUCUCAAUUUAACUGAUUCAAGAUCCUAACCAUGUCUAAGAGCAUGCAUAAAUGUUUUUCUGCAGGAUCACUGCAUUUUAGUGAUACUGUUCUGUGUGUUCAAAGCAAUAAUGGUCUCAAGAAGACCCGUCCUUUUCCUAGGUUAUAUUUUGCAGUAAGCAUCCAUGAAUGAGUUUAAUAUAAAAAAAGUCAUGAUUCAGACUUUUACGAUACACAGUUGCUCUUUUAAGUAAGAACUCUGCUUCAUGUGUUACUUCAUGUAAUUUUUAAAGAAUGUCACCUUAUCUUUUCUUACCAGUUACCCCCUUGAAUAUAUACUUUAAAGGAAAAAUCCUGUGUUUCUUUAAAAAAGUGUACAUAAGGCACAUAAAAAAUGUCCUUUUUGACUAAUAUAACUGUAACAUAUGCAUAUUAAACUCUUUUAAUGGAGCUUAGGGAAUUCUAGAGGAUGCCGAAGGUGAAACGCAGCCUGAGAGCAGUGAAGAGUAGAGCAGUUGUCACUAAGAACAGCCCUUGUGUGUCGAAAUACACUUACUUUGUAAUUCAGUGUUUUAAUAACACUUUAAAAAUGCUUCUCUAGUUUCUUUUGACCCUAGAGGCAGUCACAUCAGUUGGUCACACACCUGCAGACUGAGGGAAGGGUUAGCAGUUCUACACUGUGCAGCCUUUGGGGAGAAUUCCAUACACACAACUGUGUUUAGUGUAAGGAGGUGGUGUGGUGAGGAAGGACAAACCCGGACAGCAAGCCAAGCAUGCAUGCCCUUGUUUAACAUGGGUGGCCCUUUGUCCCGUCCUUUUGCGAUGGUAACAAACCAGCAUCCCCCAGGACUUGACCUCUGAAAGAAGGCAGGCAACAGGAGGCAGGAUUGCUGCUUGCAUCCUCUCUUUCUGAUAGGUCUUCAGGCAUGGCUUUUAGGAUCUCACUUCAGGUGUUUAUUUCAUAUGGAAGAAAAAAAUAAAACACCACAGGGUGGAUCUUCCCCAGGAAUGCCACAGGCACUCUGGAAUUUAUAUUGCCUUUCUGAGCUUGCCUGUUUCUCUGGUGUAAAAUGGGGCAUGGCUUAGCAAAGGUGCCUUUGCUUUGUUCCCACUUAAGUCAGGUGAAGUUCUGCACCCGAUUUUGAUGAGAUAAACUGUGAUUAAUGGAUUAGGUGAAAUUGGCCCAGGUUGGUUCUUUUGUAAAGAGCUCCUCCCAUAGUGCUUCUAACAUAUACCAGAUAGCAUCUCUUACCUCUGGCAGGAGAUCUCUGUCUGAGCAGUGAGAAAAGGCCAGUGAAAUCUCCAGGAUUAACAGUCCUGGUAGAAAGAGCACCAAAGAAUGAGAAAAAUGGGGAUGGGCCAGCAGGUCCUCAGAGGGCUUGGCUGGGAGUCCUGAGGCACAGCAUUUCAUGUUUUUCCCUCAGAUGGGUCUUUGUCACACCAGAGGCACCCAGCCAUUCCUGCUUAAAUUGGGGGAAAUCCCUAUGCUUGCUCAGGGUUUAGCUUGUGUGCAAAGAGGAGUAACACCACCUCCAGCUGCUGGCUAUAAACACAGGACAGAGCCCUGUACCUUCAUGCAGAGCAAAUAACCAUUCUUCCCUUUGCCUGAACAUUUCUUUGAUAAUUGUCCUUUACAGCAAAGGAAAAUAGCUUUCCUUUUGACACAGUAAACAAACCUGGUUGUGCUCAACGUGAGGUGAUAAUAGUCUUUAUCAAGUGUGAUGAAGUGCUGUCCAAGUCCUUCAUUCUGAUAAGCCAGUUGUGAAGAGGUAACAAUGGUGUGGUAAGUAAAGUGUCAGGAGAAACUGGAGGACUUACCCGGCUGGUAGGUUAAAAUUCCAAGUAUCGACUGCCACUCCUAAACAGGUGGCCGAGCUGCUUGUAAAAUAUUUCCCUGCCCUUUGUAGGUAGCAUGGUGCCCCAAGGCCAUCCUUAACCAUGAGCAGCUGCACAAGAGACUGCCAUUAUCUGUGUACAGCUGAUUAAUCCAAGUUAGGAAAAAAUUCUUCACAGAAAGGGUUGUCAGGCAUUAGAGGCUGCCCAGGGCAGUGGUGGUCACCAUCCCUGGAGGUGUUUAAAAGGCGUUUAGACAAGGUCCUUUGGGACAUGGUUUAGUGUCAAUGCUAGGUGAAUGGUUGGACUUGAUUCUGAGGGUGUCUUCCAACCAAAAUGAUUCUGUGAUUCUAUGCAGAAGACACUGACAUGGGGCUACAGCAUCCUGGUCCAACUCUCCCCAACGCAUGCACCUCCUUUAGAGGCUUUGUCUGCCAAGUGCGUGGUUUGCCUGUGAACAACACAUCGCUCUUGUUCAGUGUCGAGCAGUGCCCUACAGCAUGUAUGUGCUCAGCGUUUGCAUCAGCUCGUUUAUCUCCCCUCAGCCCUUUCUAGCAGUCAGGAUGGGCAGAGAACUGGGAGAGCCCAAACUGGUGGCUUUGCUGAGAGUGGUGCCAUGCUGAGUUGUAAGCAAUCCUCGUUAAUGAGAAGAAAGGAUGCCAAGCGGUUCCAACUGCACAGUAAUACGUUGAAUAAUCUAAUUAUGCUAAUAAUCCAGUCUGGUUCUUCAGGAGGAAAUUCAGGAGUCUAUUAUAAGCAUAAAGAUAUUUUCUGGCUUUUUUUUUCUCACUAACAUCUGUGAAGGCCAGGCACAAUAGGUCACUCUUCAUUAGUAUCCUUCAGAGUAAGCAUUUGUGCUGAUCCAUCCAUCCUCCAUUUCUAUUUCCUCUGGCCAUAAACAAUUGUCCCCUCAGCCCCCGCAGUUAUCAGCGAAAACCGCUGCAGGACUGUCAGAAAAAUUUAUAAAACCCACUAACAGAUAAGGCUCAGCAGAGAAACAUGAAGUUGGAUAGGUUCCUCAGUUUCUAUUUGGUUUUAACUUGAAUUGCACAAUGGCAAAUGCUUCUCUUCUGCUGUCUGGAGUUCUUCUAAUAUCUUAAUGAAGACUACAUACAGCGACAAAACUGAAUGUCGUGAACGCCAUCUGUUAAUUAGUCAUCUUACUGCCUGUUUCCCUGCUUGUAGACCUCCACAGUCUUAACAUCAGCCUUGAUCUCUGAGGGGAAGUUGCUGUGUCUGUUCCCUUUUGGCUCUUCCACACCUGUGAUGCUUGCUCGAGUUUCAGCUCCCUCCAUCUGCUUCCACCCAUUGAUUGGGAGCUCAAUGUCUCCAGCAUAUCCACAGCAUCACAGACCCUUGAAAUUGUUCUCCCAUGUUGUAAGGUAUAAACCUAAGUGGAAAUCUCGAGGAGCCAUUCUUGCUCCCUUCCUUCCUGGGAAGAUUUCCAUGCUUAACCUAGUAGCAAUAAGGAAAUAAGGUGUAUUCAAUUACAGCCACGGAGAGGUGCUCCAAGAGAAGUACAAACGGCGAUUUUGUUGCAUGUGCCUCCAUUUUUGCUUUUUUUCUCACCAGCACCAUUUGAAGGCAGACACCUUAUUGCCUGGCUGUAAUAGAGAAGUGAUUCACUUAACUGUACAAAGAACGGCCUUGACUUUCCUUGGCUACAUUUGAUACAGAAGUCACAGGAGUAAAAGUGCCAUUGAAACCAAGCCACAAGUGUUGAAAGAAUAAAUACAAUUGGGAAAGGGCAACACAAAAAUGGUUUGGGCAUGACCUCUGAGGGUUAAAGGUUCAUAAAAUGGGAUUGACCAGUCUUUCAGAAAGGAGCUUGUUUCCUAGAUUAGGGGAGAAGCCACUGAAGAAACAGCAAAAGCUGGGAAAUGGCAUCUCCAAGAGCAAAGAUGGUGGCAGUAAGGUAAUUUUACUGUCUCUAAAGACACAGGUGGUUCCAUGAUGGUUGCUGCCUGCUGUCUCGUUCACAGGCUGGCAUUGAUAACCGGUACAAUCUAUCACACCUUGUUUCUGUGCAUCUGCUUCCACCAAAGAUGUGCUGAGCAACCAAAAGUAUGCAUUCUUCCUGGGCUGUAUGCAGCAUCCAUAAGAUGAUGUGCUUCAUGGAGGAAACCUUGUUGGAACUAGUGCAGACGGGGUGUGCAGGGAAGCCUGUAACCAGGGAACAGCAGUGUGUGGCCAGGACGGGGUGUGGAAGUGUUUCUGUGCCUUUGGGGUGGCCUGGCACACCUCAGCACCAGGCUGUCCGCGCCUUCUUCCCACCCAGCACUCCAUAACAGUGCUGGUGGAGCGCUGCGGGGUGAGGAGGGCUCUUCAGAUGAACCCCAUGGAGGGAGAGGCCUUCUGCCUCCCAGGACACUUUGCCCUGUCCUGGCUUGCAAGAGCUGGCUCAGGCCGCGUAUGGGUGUCAGGACUGGGCAUGUGGGCUCUACAAAAAGGUCAAGCUGCACGUACCUCCACAAAACCCGUUAACACAAGAAUCACAGCUCGUGUGCUUGUGUUAAUGGACAUGCGGUCCUUGAGCUGGGUCUCUCCUGUUGGGUGGACCUGGAAGCGCAGGAGAGCCUGAUUUCGUAAGAUGAAUUCCUAGGUGGAGUUCCGUGCUGAGAAACUUGUUCAGGCUGCAACGUUUUAUCUUGUUUUGAUGGUAUUUUUUUGGUGGUGCUCCUUAGAAACCGAAUGACUGCUUCCUUUCUGGCUCAACAAGGCGCUUGUAAACAAUACUAAUCAGUGUCAGGGUUUCCUUUUAAAUGUCGCUUCUGACUCUCUCAGAGGUGGGCUGCUGCUGCUUGCAGCCAGCACCCGGCUCCUCACACCCAAAGGUGCUCCAGUUAGUCAAAGCAUCUGUUUCCAUGCAAAUUCAACUCCCACCUGUCUGUUGCUUUUGUUUGCAAAUUACACAAGGUGGAAAGACAAGUGUUUGUGUUUUGCUUUCCUUGCCCAUGGCAACAGUUGUAAGAACACUUUAAGGUGCUCUCCCUCUGCAUGAGGGGAGGAAUGUCUCUGAAAUAGGGAUUUAUGUUUGUGCAACUGGCAAAGCUUCAGUGCUGAAUUUAAAAUUAAGGAAGAGAAAUCAGUGAGUUGACUUUUUUCUUGUUUGUAACUUUUCAAUUUUAAACCAGAUCACGUACCUCACGUUUACCUCAUCCUGCUUCAUGAUCAUAGUAUUAGUUUCCAGAUUAAAAAAUGUGUGUGUUUGGUUUUGAAUGAGCGUAUACCACUAGCUGAAUGGGAUUCUUUGCUUCCAUGGAUUGGCUCCGUAGCAGGUGUUUAUUCUAGCACUGUAGAAAAUACUUUGAGGUGAAAUGUAGCUGUUUUCCAAGGACAAGAGUAUCACUCCAUAUACAGCACUAUUCAGUUCUGGGAAGUCUGGAUCCUAGCUUAAUGUUGGUGGUUGUCUGUGAAAGACUGAUAAAAAAAAUCAGUCUCUAUAUUGCUCUAAUCUAGCAGAUCUUCCUUCUUCUUGGGAUAUGCCCAUCAUUGCAAAGAGCAGCUGAAAGCAGUGAUUUAAAAGACCUGCAAAUAACACUAUACCUCAGCCCCAAACUGUUGCAUGCACAGAAGCAGUGUCUUGAAUUGAAGCUGGUAUUUUAGACGAAUUUGUCAACAUCUCUCUUCACAUGUACUGAAAUGACAGUGUUUCAGACAUAACAGACAUUAAUGGAAGGCACAGCUGGUCUCAGUGUCUUGAGCCAAAGGAUCCUUUCUGACUGUAUAAGGAAUAGCCACUCCUAGUAUCCAUACAGCACACCCAGCCAGGCAGAUGGAGGAGCUGCUGCAAUAACUAUAUGGCUACCAGUUAAAUACCAGUAGCAGAUAUUUUGUCCUAAUGCACAGUGGCUACUUAGUGUGGGCAAAAAAGCAGCAUGUAACAAAUGAUGCUGCGAAGGCAUCACGGAAUGGCAUUAGUCAGGGAAUUAGUCCCACUGCUGGGUUUCCAGGCAGUUGCUAAUGCCUGGCAUGCUUUCGUCCUUGAAAACGCUCCAUAUCUUAAGUGAGGCUCUUGUGCAAUAGCGGUCUUUAUCCAUCCUGGCAGGGACAAAGUGAAAUUUUGCGCAAGCAGCAUGAAGUUAUUGUUAACAGCAAGUGCAUACUGUCACACCAGAAACCCAGUUUUGUACACACACAGCAGGAAUAUAUCUGCUUGCACACAAAUGCAGACAUACAUGUAUGUACAAGAGUGUGCACAGAUGUCUGUAUGUUUCUGGGUGUGCACACCAAAUCAGCCUUCUGCCUCAUCCUUUCCCCUGCAAAGGUUAUUUCCCGUAAUUGUGCCCUAAAACCGUGACAUCUGGCAUAAGAGAAAGUUCUGACUAGCUUGGCCUCCCUCUGCUCCGGGCAGACCUCGUUAAGCACAAUUAAUGCCAUGAGGGGAAAACUUGCCAUAAAGGAAACUGAGAUUGUGCUGCAUGUUGGAAACACUACGUGGGUGAAGAAAGCCUUCAGUGUAAGAAUUUCUCUAGCGAGAAGCAGUGCAGUAACUUUUCAUAGCUUACAUAUAAGCGGUGCUUCAUUAUAGCUAGUUAAUGAACAGAAAAUGAGGGGAUUUGUACAAAUCCUGUUACAAAAUUAUUUUUUAAAUUUUUUUAAAGUUUUUAAAGGGAUCAGGCUGAACAGCAGAAGAAAAGAAUCAUUGUACUGGAGAAUUAGAGGAAAAGAGUGUGCCCUAAGGCAGCCAAGUACUUUGCACAUGAUGAGAGGCUGUUGUUGCUGGUGAGAUUUGAGAUAGUGUGGGACUUGGUGCAUUGAUAAAAAAGGAAGAAAUGAUGGGGCAGGAUAAGGCAAUGCUGAGCAUUCAUGAAAACUCCACAUAUAAUCCCUGACACCUGGAGCAACAUUUGACCAGAGUUGAAUAAAUGGAACAUUUGUUAAUUGAAAUGACAGGGAAGAAUUUGACAUGGGUGGACUUUUAAUUUAUGUUUGUCCAGCUGAUUUUUACCUCUGUGAAAACCAAGCUGCUAAGACCAUUGUGUUGUUUUAUCUUGUUCUUGAGGUGUAUUUCUACAUGCAGCCUUGUCAGGGAGUGAAUUCACAGAUCCUUGUUCCUUGUCCAUUAACAGUGGUCUCUAUCUGAGGAUACAGCUCCUAAAUAUGUCCUUUGGAGCACAGGCUAUUAGCUGUGGCAGCUGACUGCUGGGAGGAUAGGACCUAGGCGAGAAAAUACAUGGUUUUGCAAUCAAAUGAAAGAUCAAAACAAAGCAGGAAGAAGCCACGAAGGGGAUAGGAGGGAUGAAGCUAACACACUGCCAGUUUCUGCCAGAUUUUUGAUUGAGUGGAGCUGGUCUCAGCUCCCCAGACUUACUCAAAUAAUGUUUAGAGACUGCUUACUUUCUAUGUCUUGCAUAUGGAUGUAAAACCUACCUGCUCCAAGGAAAAGCAGAUGAGUUUCAGGCUAAUGUUUCACACUGCCAGGUUUGUUUUUUGUUUUUUUUUUUUUCCAAUGAAGUGUGUGAUCCAACAUAUUAUUUGGCAGAAAAAGGUAAGGUAUGACUCCUGUCGCCGAGGAAAAAAGAGGAAAUGGAACAUAAAAGCCAUAAGGAAAGCAUGCCACACAGCUGGGGAACUUCUUCACACGGCCAGUGGACAGGAACAUCUUCUAUGGCCAGGGCUGACAGGGAUUUUGUGGUUAGGACUCCGUCUUUCCUUUUCCCCUCUUUCAAUUGCUGGGAAGCUUGAGCUCCUGCAGUGAAAACAUCACUGCACCUGAGACCCAGAUGUAGGUUUUAUGAGAAGCUUUAGGCGGGAAGGGGAGGCCGAACGAGCAGACAAGAGCAGUAAUUUGCCUCCAGACCCAGCUUCCCAGCCCCAGCAGAAAGCAUGCCAUUGGGCGUUGUUCUGCAAGUGCCAAGACCCGCCUGACCGCACAUGAAUAACCUCUGUUAAACCUUCACAAGGCCGGCGUGGGUUUCUCUGCUUCACAGCCCUGCAAUCAACACGGCAGAGGGCCUUUGAAUGCCUGUGGACCGUGUCAGUGCCGCUCGCCCACGCCUGGUGCCGUGCCAGCGGUGCUCGGGCUGAGCUCUGCCGUGCAGAGGAGGUGCUGGCAGAGGGCACAGCGGGGUGCAGGGGGUCCCGCCUGCAUGGGGAGGCCAGGAGGCAGCAGGGGCUGGCGCCUGGUAGUGGGGCAAGGUGUGGUGCUGGAUCCAGGGAGACUUGGAUACAUAUUUAUGACAGUUAUUUAUUACUAAUUGCGUUCCGCAAUAAGGCUUGGCAGGGCAGUCCUGGGAACUGGUGGUCUGAGAGGUGGUUGGUUUUGUGGCCUUGGUGGUACGGACUGCUCCAACAUGAAGCACCGGUAAGAGCACUAUGCAAAAGGAGAAGAGAUUUUCUCCCUUAGUUCCCCACUUGGUCAUUGAAACUUUCUCCUAUGUAAACAAAGUGGUUUUGUGAGCAUCAUCUGUUUUGUUUUUCCCUUCUGAUGCCAUUUAAUGCAAAGGAAAUGAGCUGCAAGUGUUUAACUUGGCACUGUAACUUGGGUAAUCAUAUCCAGGGCAUAGAGUAGCAUGGGCUGGUGCUUAAUCAUUCACUCAUUAGCUCAGUGUCGUUUGAGCUUGGAAGACAGAGGGUAAGAAAUUGUGUCAGCCCGUCUGAGAGGAGCAGGUAGAAGACGGCUAGCAAGGAUGACAUACUUUCUGAGCUCCUUGAUGCACUGGCUCGUUGCCUUUCCAGCACAGCUGUUGUUGCUGCUGCUACCAGUUUUGAAGGAAAUGUCUAUGUUUGAAGUGCCCAUCUGCUUGCAGCUGUUGUCAUCUUUUAAUUGGUGUAAUCCUGUCAGAUGAGAGUAGCACAGCUGCGAGCAUGUCCUGCGCUGUCACCCGACUGCCAGCACCUCCUGUCACACACUCCCUUUGUCUGUACUCUUUCUGUAUAAAUACCUUCCUUACGCACCCAGGGAGUCCCCUGGGGGCUGUCUUUGCUUAUGUGGCCAUACAAAGAGGAUUUUUCCCAUCUCCAGCUAUGAUGACUUAUUACUCAAGGCAUUUCCAAUAGGGAUAGAGACACAUGAACACUGUUGUAGACACUGCUGGCAAGACUGUGCCUAGGACACCAUGUGCAUUUUUAUGGCCAUUUGUGCUCCAAAAAUAUGACUUGACACUGCAGUGGAUGUAGCAGGGGCCUGUGUGGACAACAGGGACAUGAAAAGCCUGACAUGCAAUUUGAGAUUAAAGGAGCUUUACUUGUUUAGUCUAGAAAAAUGCAGACUGGAAUAUGUCAAGGGUUUAUAUAUGCAUCAGGGAAGGAAACACCAAGAAGGGCAGUAGGUUACUUAAGCAAAUGGUCAGUACUGGAAAAAGAACAAACAGGGAUGAACUAGCUAUUAGUAAAUGUAGACCAGAAACUAGAAGCUAGCCCUUAAGCAUCAGACUAACACUUCCAUGGAAACGGGAUAAAUUUCCUUAGUGAUUUUCAAGACGGCUUGAAUAAGUUCAUGAAGGUGAUGAACUGAUGUGCUUUCCUGCUAGUACAUGUGAUGGGACCAGAUGACACAGGAGAUCUUGUUUGCUUGUAUCAAUCUGUUCACAACAUACAUUUAUUAAAGUUCCUGCAGCAGUUAUGCGGUGGAGCCUGAGGUACUGCCGAUGGAAAGCACGGUUGCGGAUUAGAACUGUGCGCUAACACUGCUUCAAACUAUAAGAUUAACAAAUUUCAUGGGAUUAGGAGGGCGAUGCCUAGCAGGUGACUUGGUAGCUGACGACCCAAGGUAAAUACUGUGUUUAAGAAACUGCAGCACUGAUUUAUGCUGGGUGAUGUUUGUGCUUGUUCUGCUGGAAGCUGAAUAUAGCCAGACAUGAACCACUUGUUUUUUUUCUUUUUUACUGAGAUGAUUUUUUGGCUGUAUCACCAGACAGAUAACCCAAGCCAGCGUGGGUAGGCAGGAGGUGAGCAGGAUCACAGUGAGUGCUUUGGGACUUGCACGGCCGUGUGACCAUGGCUGCGGUUCUCCUUGCGUCAGUAUCAAACCACAGUGCCAGCACCAUUAUAUGUGCCACUGGGCUAAUGAAAAGGCUGUUUUUCCGUGGUGAUGCUACACAUGAUCCUGAUUGCGGUUAUAUAAGUGCUUGUGGUAUUUUCUGCCAAACCACAAUCACUUUUUUGAUUUGUGCAUAACUUCUUGUGUAGGCAGGCCAGGGAAAAGUUUGGCAUAUUACCUAGGGAGGGACACCCUAGAAAAGCUGAGAGGAGGAAUCAUUAGGCAGUCAUUCAGUAUCUUGCAGGACAGCUAAUUUACAUCCAUCCCACACUGCCUUCUGAUGUGGAUGUGUUCCUCUUGUUCUUUUCAUUACUGGGGAUCUCAGUGGUACUGAGUUAGAAAUUAGAUAUAUAUAUGUAUAUAUAUAGUCCUCAGCUACAGAGAAGAAUUUAAGGGAGUUUCCUCCUCUACUGAUUGUUUCAGGAUUUUUGUCGUUUUUCUCACUUGUAAAAGUGUUUUGGCUUUUGGUUUUUCUGAGGUUAAAAGGUGGGCAAGCAGCAGUUGGAUCUGAUUUGAAAAGAAUAUGAGCGUGAAUUCAGGAUUUCCUGCUGAGGGAGAGCCGUGUGAAUACCAGUGAAUGAGCCCAGUCCAAAGCUCAUUGCACUGAACAUUUAGAUACACAUUUAAUUUCCAUGUUUUGAGCCAUUCUUUAAAAGCACAGGUUGCUGAGAUCCCAGACCUAGACUAUGGCUUGCAAGUGUCUUCUUCCUGCAUUUUUGGUGUCAGGAACAUGCUGGUAAGCUCUUAGGUCUUCACCAAGCCAAAUCAUUUUCUGUAUGACGGGGAAAUAAUUCAUGGCUCUGUAUCAUAACUAGUUGCGUGCAGUACACAAAAUGAUGUAUUCAAGGGAAGUUUUGCAUCCAGAAGCUGAUAAGGUUUUAGUUUUCAAGAUCUCAUGCAUUCCUUCUGAGAAAUGUAGUCAAAAGAGCCACACUCAUGUAUAGCUGCAUUGCAGAGCAUUUGGACAGACUACCUUUUUCCUGCACUCUUUCCUACUUCGUUUCCUUUCAAACAGAAGGUAGAAAAUGGUAGUCCUCGAGUUUCUGCUGUUUAUGUGAAUGACUCUUUCCAGACAAUGUUAGUCGAGCCCAUAGGCACCUAGUUAGCAUUUUAAUUUUUUUUUUUAACCUUUCUUUUUCAGAAUAAAGGCUUUUUCUUGUAGUAGGUUAAACUUUUCUAAGUAUUGAGAAAAUUAUUUGGUGCUGAGCAACUUCCCGUCUACACUCUUGAAUACUCCUUAUGGUAUUACUCCUUGGAGCACCAAUCGCUAGACACUGUUUCCCCAGAGAUGGCACUCUUUUGUUAGGAGGAUGGGCAUUUAAUAAUAGUAGCAGUGUAUGCCAAGCAAUAAGGAAGAUAAGUUUUGUAGAAACAAACAAUAUUUUUUUAUUAGACUGACCGAAAGAAGUAAGAAAAAAGACGAGUGUUUUGGGCUCAGCACUCAGUCAUCAGCUCACAUGCUUGAUAACUUGAUUUUCUUCCAUGAAGCAGCAGGAUGCGUUCCAGGUUUGCAUGCUCCAGUCUUCCCAUCCAGGUCCCAGAUAAAACUUCGCUGUUUUUUCCAAGCUUCCUGCUUUCUGUAUGUAAAUAUGCUUGGCCUUUCGGAUAUGUGAUUGGAAAAGACAGGCUCCUCAUAUUGCUGACAGUGCAUGUUUUCUAUGUGCUGUCUGAGAUCUUGCACAGAUUGUCUGGUGAUAACUUUGAAUCUGAUCUUCUGUGUUACAUAUAAAAUGGGGAUAAUAAAAUUACAUGUGACAGAAGAGGUAAGAUGAGCAAAGUGAUAGAUCACAUUUAGAGACUGGCUGCUUUAGAAUUUUUAGCUCACACCUUUCCAGCCAGGAGAUAAGAAAGGAAAACCAGGUCUGUGUUCCUGUAGUAGGACUCUUGCUAUAGGGAGGAGUAAAGUAGAACCAUAAUGAUAGUAGUAAAAAUAUUAAUAAAGAAAAGCAACAAAUGCUAGAAAUACCUGUAACCCUUUCCUGAAGAGCUCACCAGGCUGAAUUCUUGGGCUUUCUUGUUCAGUCCUGCAGUUCUUGUUAUUAAGAUACUGUGCUCAUGAAGUUCAGUAAUUACAGACUGAGACUAGGAGGAUUAGGCUCCUAAAUACUUCUGCCCAGAUUUCAGGUCAUCAGACCAUGUAUUUUGCCGUUGACAAACCUUGCAAUUACUUACAGUCUCUGAGUGUUCAUUUCCAGGACUGAGGGAACCUCUGGCUCCCUUACAGCAGUGUCCUGUGCCAGCCAGGCUAUACUCUGUACAACAGGUACAAAUCCACUUUUCUGCCUUUUUAGAGGGAAAAACAGAGCACAGUGAUGCAUUAUUUCUCACACCAGUUUUGUGUUUGCACAUCACAUACAUCAUGGACAAAAUAAAAGGCAUUUCAGGAGAUAUCAGAUGUCUUGGAGUCAAGUGUCAGAAGUGGCGAGGGGAGGAAGGGGAGCCGAGGUCUUCCUCACGCCGCUGGGACUGCAGCACAUUCUGCUGCAUGAGAUGUGGCGUUUCAGUGGAGCACUGGCAGGGCAGGGAAGGUGCAGACAAACACUUGAACAAGAUGUAAAAUGAAAGCUUUAGAUUGAAAAUCUUGGUUGUCUCCUUCUCUUGGGUUCUUUGAAUACCAAGAUUUUAAAACAUACAGCGUAGAUACUUGUCUCACACGCUGAUUUUAUUUGAAAGAUUAUUUUUUUCUGCAUUCUUCAAAGAAAUAGAUUAACAAGUGUCCUCAUAAGCAUACUUUUUACACAACUCAUAAAAUAUGCUCUAAACACCUUUCUGCUAAUAGGCACAGUGAGAUUUAGUGAUUUUUCCAGAGACAUCAGAGCCUGUGAUUGGAUUUGAUCUCAUAAAUUCCAGCCUACUAUUUUAGCCACAUGCAUUUUUCACAGCAGGAGGUCUCAUCUCUUUGAUGCAGUGUCUCAUCUUCUUUACUCGUGGACAACUGGAAGACAAACAACUUUUAUGGCCUUGUCAGCUUGAGUAAGCUCUUAACCUUAUCCAAAGUCUUUGUAUUUGUUGGGAAAUAAAAGGAGGUGUUGAAGGGCAGCGCUGGUAAAUCCUGUGCUGUCAGAGUCUCACAGGAAGUCGAAUGACCCGUGCUUGAGAAACACAAACCACAAAAUGUGGGUGUGAUAUUUGUUGGUAUGUGCUUUGCAUUCUUCUGCAAGGACCGAUUGCAUUUUGCAUGGCUACUGUAAAUCCUUGCCUGCCUCUUCCAAGAAGAUUUCAACACUAACUCUUCUGGAAACGACCCGCUGGAGAGAAAGGCUGUUGAGCGUUAGUGUUUUGGCUUCUGAGUGAGUCCUGGAAAGCUCUCCCCUGGUGUUAAUGAUUUCUGAAAUCAUCCAGAAUCCCUGAGGAUGACAUCAGGUUGAGAAAAAACAGAGAGCAAAACUGUGCCAAUUUCUUGGAGCCAGCAACUGUGUUUGCUACAAAGGAAGAGAAAAUGGAAAUUGAAGUUCCAGUUUCUGAACAUAAAAGCAUCACCACAGUGGCUUCCCCACAUCCCAUAGACAAUCCAACCCACUUCUUUUCCCCUGCUGCCAGCCACAAUGGACUUAAGGACAGGCAUGAAUCUCUGGACAGUGAGGUUGCUAAAGAGAUCAGAUACCUAGAUGAAGUGCUGGAGGCAAAUUGCUGUGAUUCUGCUGCGGAUAAUACCUUUAAUGGGACAUCCUCUCCUGAACCAAGUGCAGUUUCUGUUGUGGAUGGCUCAGGAGCAUCUGUUAAUGUCAGUAAUGAUUCAGUACCUAGUGGAAGUGAAGAAAAUGUAGCCGACAAGCAGGCACCCUUGGUAGUUGAACCACGUGAAGCUAGCAUAACAGAUGAGAACCUGAAAUCUAAUGGCCAUUCCUUGGGUGGACUGAAAGAAGAUACCAGGGAAAGUCUGAAGGUGCCAGGAAGUCCCACUUCUUCAAACAGUUCUAGAAGAUCCUCUAAGGAUGGAGAAACAACUCUUACAACCCUUAAGAAAGAGGCUAAGUUUGAACUACGAGCCUUCCAUGAAGACAAAAAGCCCUCAAAGCUCUUUGAAGAUGAAGAAGAGAAGGAAAAAUACAGGGUCCGCAAAGUGAGACCAUCAGAGGAAAUGAUGGAACUUGAAAAGGAAAGAAGGGAACUCAUUAAAAGCCAGGCUGUUAAGAAGAACCCCAACAUUGCCGCCAAAUGGUGGAACCCUCCCCAAGAGAAGACUCUGGAGGAUCAACUGGAUGAAGAGCAUCUGGAGUCCCACAAGAAGUACAAGGAGCGCAAGGAGAGACAGCAGCAGCAAGGUGCCACACCAACAUCCCCAAAACAGGCCAGCUGCUCCUUUGUACCACCAGAGCCAGUCAGUAUCAAGAAAGAGGAUAUUGUCACAGAGCAAAUUGACUUCUCAGCUGCCAGAAAGCAGUUCCAGCUGAUGGAGCAUUCAGGUCCAUCUCAGGGUCAGGCCCCACCAAGGCGGUCAGGAACACCCAAAAUGUUCUCCAUCAAACCCUUCUACAAAAGCCUCAAUUCUCCAAAUGUAGACAGGCCACUGUCUUCUGUGACAAGACCUGUUUCAGUUUGUGGGCAAACAGGACAGCUUGAGGGUAGCAAUGCCACUGUUGUCAAAGCACAGAAGGUCUCCUGUACUUCAGAAGAUGAUACAAGUGUUCAGACUACCACUGCUGACCCAAUAAGAGAGUUACCAUAUAGUGAUAGCCCCAGAGCCGGACAAGCCUCAAAACUGUGGGCAGAGGAUGGAGAAUUCAUGAGUGCGAAAGCGGUCUUCACAGUGGUGAAGGAUGAUGGACAGGGCGUGCUGGACCAGUUCCCAAAGUCAGGCAGCGCCUCUUCUCCACCGGAGGAGCUCGAUUCUGGUUUGGAUGACUUGUCUGUCAGGUCUCAGGAUACCACUGUCUUGGAGACCCUUUCCAAUGACUUCAGCAUGGAUAACAUCAGCGACAGUGGUGCCUCCAAUGAGACCAUGAGUGCCCUGCAUGAAAGCUCGCUGGCCGAUUUCUCGCUGCCGCAGACCCCACAGGCCGACACUCCAGCAGAGUGCAGAGGUGAAGGCAUCUCCAAGUCAUUCAGCGACCCAGGCUGUGACUCGUCCUCCUCUGCUUUGGCAGACUCCAUACUGAUUGAUGACCAGCUGGAGUACCACGCUGGCCUACUAGUUCAAAACGCCAUCCAACAAGCCAUAGCCGAGCAGGCAGAUAAAACGAUCUGCGAGGAAGAAGAAAUCCCUGCAGAGAAGAUCUCGGUCAAAGAGCUGCCAACCACCCCUGGGCCAUCUCCAGCCUCCAAGGAGCAGCAGCACCCAAUGUUUAAGCCACCCCAGGUGUCUUCACCUGUUCAAGAAAAAAAGGACACCAUACCAAAGACUUCAAAAGACGAAGACUCAGGACUCAGGGAAGGGAAGAGUUUGCAGCAGUCACCUGUGUAUUCAGCCAGCCAGCCAUUCCUUGUGGAGGAAAGCAGGCAUGAAGUCAGCUAUUUCAGCAAGUAUUCAGAGGCAGCUGAGCUGAGGAGCACCGCCUCCAUCCUGGCCACGCAGGAGCCUGAGGUGACUGUGGGCCCUUUCAAGUUACGGUCAAGGAAGCAGCGGACUUUAUCGAUGAUAGAAGAAGAGAUCAGAGCAGCCCAGGAACGAGAAGAGGAGCUGAAGAGGCAGCGGCAAGGUCUGCAGGUGGCACCAAGCCCUGUUAUGAAGACUGCACCGCCUAUGCCGACCAGAACGGUGUCUUACAAAACUGCACCAGGAAAGAUAGAGAAGAUCAAGCCUCCUCCAUCGCCCACCACAGAAGGCCCUGUCUCGCAGUCUGACCCGCUGUCCGAGGAGCCUGCGGGAGCCCAGCGACCCAAGAACCUGAUGCAGACCCUCAUGGAGGAUUACGAAACACACAAAACUAAGAGACGAGAAAGGAUGGACGACAGCAGUUACACCUGUAAAUUACUGUCUAGCAAGGUUACUUCUGAGGUCCUUGAGGCGACCAGGGUGAACCGCAGAAAGAGCGCUCUGGCGCUGCGUUGGGAAGCUGGCAUUUACGCCAACCGGGAGGAGGACGAAUAACCACGCUGCAGCGUGAAGACAGCGAGCAGGCAGGCCGAAACCAAAAAGAGAAAGAAAGAAUUAAAAAGAAAAAAAAACAAAAGCAAAACAACAACCCACACCACGAAAGCAGCAGCAUUUUAGUCCAGUAUUUAUUAAAUACACAACAAACUUAAAAGAUGCACAUAGACACAGAAAUGAUCCAGCUCUUGGCAAUCCUAAAGCAACAGGAAAACCCCAACUAGAAAAUACCCCCUUCUUCUUCCCUCCAUUCCCCCUCUGAAAUAAUGCAAUGGGGACGGUGCAGGGAGUGAGAGCCGUCGGGGGGACAAGCGGACCAUUGUCCCCACGGCCUGGAGGGCCUGCAGGCUUGUGGCCGGGACGUCGGCAUGGAGGAGCCUGUGGCUGGGGCUCGCUGACCGAAUCGACAGACCUGCCUCGCCCCCAGCAUCACCGUCCCCACAGCAGCUCUGCCGGACCCUCUUGCAGUUCCUUCGCCUCCCACAGCCGCUGAACCGAGACCGUCAGCGUUGCUUCGGUGUACCCUGUCCAGCCACAAAACACAACAAUAUUGCUCUCUGUUGCUCUUUCUUUAAGGGGACUGAAGAGUUUGGUUUGGGAAUGGGGUGGUUUUCUAAGUGGGGUGGGUUCUUUUCCCCUUUCUAGUAAUUUAUCUGUUUAAAAGAGAAAAAAAACAGGGAGACAGUUAUUGCAAAUGAACAAUCCAGCACACCCAGUAAAACAGUCCUUGUGUUGCAAACACAAGCCAUCACAAUUUAGGAGUGGAAUAGAUGGGGAUGAGAGCUAAGCCAAAUGGAUUACCUUAGCUUUAGGAUCCUAUAUGCUUGCAAUAUCACUUGAGCUCCAGGUUCUCAGAGCAUAUUUACCUAACAAAGUUUCUAAAUAGAAAAUCUGUAUUUAGUGGAUGACAACUAUUUUUUGAUGGUGGGGAGGGAAAAGAAUGGCGUAUGUGUAAAAUCUAUGAAGAUGGGUAAUUUGAAGUAGAAAGGUAGUGGGAAAGGGAUACAAAUAAAGGACAUUUAAUUUUUAAAUGAGGCAAUAAUUGAACUAAGCCAGACUCUGGCCUAGGAAGAGGUAUGAAAUAAAGAACAAGAUAGUUACGUCUUCAACUAUAUUUAUACAACCUAAAAAGCCUUUGAAGUAGAGUGCUUUGUGGAAGUCUUCACGUUUCCAGGCAACAAUAAAAGCUAAAGGGCACAAUGAGCUGGAAGGAGCGAGCAAGGAAGAGCAGACAAGGGAAGAAAACAUUAUGAUGUUUGCCAUUCAGCCGGUAUUUUCAGUGCUACAAGCAAACCGUAGAGCCUUUAGUUAUUGCUUAGGCUUGGGAUCAGCAGUGAAGGGUUAGAGUGGAUGUGUGUGUGUGUGUGUGUGUGUGUGUGUGUGUGUGUGUGUUUGUUUGGGCACGUGUGUGUGUGUGUGAGGCUGACAUACCAGAACGUGUAUGGCAGUGUGUGUAUUGAUUAUUUUCUCCAAAGCUGUUUUACCAGCUAUAGGGGUGAGUGCUAUUUUUUUUCUUUCUGAAAGGGGAUAUAAAAACAAGGCACUGAGUUAAUGCAGUAUUUGUGAUAUUAAAAUUUGACCCAACAUGGUAUUUGCAUGAGUCACAAUUGCAAAGUAUUGACCAGUUUUGUAAGCUGACAAUUAGGAAAAGAAAUGUGGUAUUUAUUCUUGUGCUUUGUAUUUGUAUGUAGUAUAGAGGCUGCGGGUUUACUCUUUCCUUUUCAUGCAAGCAAUACAAUAGGAAUAUUUUACAACUGGGAACCAUAAUUUCUGGACUAGAAACCAACAAGUUUGGGAGGUGACAGAAAAAAAAGACAUCGAGCUUUUUUCUAUAUAAAAUUUUCUGUCUUUUUUAUAAACAAACUAUUAUUUUAACAUCUUUUUUAAAAAUCAGCAGCCAGGAUACUGGUCCUCCCUUAAGCCUUUCCUUGAUUUCAUGACCUGCUGUGCUGUUAUAUCCUGAAACAGUGAGCUCAUUUAAAAUGAGUACCGAUACUGUGAACAUACUUCUGGUGCUUUUCUUAAACACAGAGCUUGCAACCAAAUGAUUCCACCCACCUCACCCCACUUGUUCCUCCAGCAUGUGAUUUCUGUCCAUGGACACUCAUUUUGAGGCUUAUUUUCAGGGAAUCGUAGCAAAUACAAUUAUAUAUACUCAUUAACUCAGUUCUGUUAAUUGUCUCCCCAAGUGCUAUUGAACAGAAGACCCUGCUGAACUGAGCAUUCACUGUGAUAAGGGCAGCGAGCUUAUCUCAAGGAUGCUCUCCAAAUCCAGGUGCGUGGGGAGGCACCGCGCCUAUGAAGGAACUACAUACCUAAUGAAGGGGACCCAUUCUUCGGACAUGGCAAUCAACAGUGGACUGUGAUUCACGUCUGCGGAUGGGUCAUUACUGUAAGACUGUAGGAAAAGCAACGCCAUCAAUGCAGCACUCUAGUGAGACCGUAUGUCGUGCAGCCGCAGCUGUGAGCUCUGCGCAGCGGUACCAAGAGGAGUCCUGUCUCCCUCCACCCUUGGGGAGACCAUGAGUGAGACUGGGAAAAAAACAAAAAAACAUGGGUUUCCUGAGCAGAGGAGAUGGCCCUUGUACUUACAGCGAGGUGGUUGUGCACCAAACCAUGCUCUUCAGUUUCCCCUCAUAUUUGCUCCCUUCCCAGGAAUCUGCAUCUUUAUUUUAUUUAACCUGGAGGCCUGUUUUUUCCUCCUGCUUUCUCACUGGAAGCCAGCGACCUUGAUUACCCAUCCCAAGACAUCUCUUCAUGCUUUGCCACAUUCUCCCCUACUGCCACAGUCAGCCCUCAGUCUUUGAAGCGAAAAGUAUAUUGUACCCCUUGAAAGGAGAAGUGGUGGUGGAGAGAGGCCAGGCAGGAGUCCUCCAUGCUAGAGGCAUUCGCGUUCUGCCCCUGCGACAAAAGUAUGUGCAUGCAUCAGUGCAGGACAGCCAAACUUUCCACCCAGCAGGGUUUUUCUCUUCCAGAAAUUAUGGACACUUGUAGUCAGCAGCACACGUUCAGUGCUGUGGUAACAGGAGUGCGAUGCAGUUUACUUGCCUCUGUUAUUUCAUUUGCAUGCUACCAAGCUUAGGUGUUUAUAAGUAUACACCAGUAAUACAUAUCUAUCUAUAUAUAACUAUAUCAAAUGCAACAAAAGAGCACUAUUGCAGAGUUAACUUUGUCUCCACAAAAGAAAUGCUCAGUUCCUUUCCCGUGGCAAAGACUGGUUUUAAUGAAACUGUGUAUUGAGAAAUAGUUAAGCAUUAGCAUUUGUGAUUAUAAUCAGUUUGGGGUUACAGUGCAGGUUUCCUGAACAAUUCAUUUUAAAAGCUGACAGUUUGGGCUUCAUCGUGCUCCAUACUGACAUUAUCUGAAGGAAAAUACAGUAGCAUUGACAUGUUUGGCAACCUAAAGGCGGCAUCCUUGUCAUGACUUAUCAACCAGUUUCAACAAUACCUGGCUUUCUGUAUGUUAACCACUUAAAUGUUAUCCUGCUUCUGUUUUAUAGUGACUGUGAGGCCUACGAUGCAAGUAUAUAAUUAUUUUCUCAUUAAAACAGAAACCUGUGUUGUGUUUCUAUAAA